AUGCCUGUUCUCGUAGAAGUAGGCCAUGCUUUGAAACAGCUUACGAUUGAGGAAAAGGUCAAGCUUCUCUCGGGCAAAGACAAUUGGUCUACCUACCCUAUUGAGCGCCUCAGCAUUCCCUCUCUUACAGCAACAGAUGGUCCACACGGGGCGCGAGGCACGUCCUUCUUCAAUGGCCCGCUAGGGGCCCUGCUUCCUUCAGCAACGGCGAUGGGGGCGACCUUUGAUACCAAGUUGAUGCGGUCCGUCGGUAAUAUGCUGGCGGCAGAAACCAUAGAGAAGGGCUGCCAGAUUUUACUUGCUCCAACCGUUUGCCUACAACGUUCGCCCCUUAUAGGCCGUGGCUUUGAAGCCUUUGGCGAAGAUCCGAUUCUCAGUGGUAUGAUGGCCUCCGAGUAUAUCAACGGUGUGCAGGAGAAAGGCGUUGCAACUUCCAUCAAGCACUAUGCAGCACAUGACCAGUCUUAUAUGUCCCCAGAGGACGACUUGCAAGUCGCUGAAAGGACACUACGAGAAGUACACCUUUUGCCUUUUCAGCUAGCUGUAAAGCACGCCAACCCCUGGUCAUUCAUGACUUCAUAUCACCGCAUAAACGGCGUUCAUACUUCAGAAAACGAAUGGCUCAAUACACAGAUCCUACGCCAAGAAUGGGGAUGGGACGGGCUGCUGAUGAGUGAUUGGGGUGGUGUCUUCAGUACUGCUGAGGCACUGAAUGCUGGCAUGGACCUGGAGAUGCCGGGUCCUUCAAGGUGGAGAGGUGAUCUUCUGCACCUUGCCCUCUUUUCUCGAAAGGUCAAGAAAUCGAUGAUUGAUGAACGAGUUCGGAAUCUGCUCAACCUCGUGAGCAGGGUACGGCCGGCAAUUGAGCGCCAAUCACCGGAUGAAGAAGCCGGCGAUACACCUGCAAAGAGAGCGCUAUGCCGAGAAGUCGCUCGAAGCUCUAUCGUCCUGCUCAAGAACGAAGGCAAGGUAUUGCCUCUCGACCCAUCAGCGCAGCAAACCUAUGGUCUGAUCGGCCCUGGAGUUAUGUAUCCCGCCGUCAGUGGCGGCGGUUCAGCCGAUCUACGCCCAUACUACGUCCAAAAGCCGCUUGAAGCCAUACAAGAUGCUGUCGGCAAGGAGAGAGUGAGGACUGCCGUUGGUUGUUAUUCUCACAUAUUCACACCACCGCUAUCCGAAUACGUCACUGUUCCAGGAACAAAUGAAGAGGGGUAUCAACUCUUUUGGUACGGUGAAGACCCAGAGGCGAACCCGAAGGCUGAACCACUUCACUCUACGACUACAACCCAGGCCACAAUGUAUUUUGCAGACAACCACCCCUCCAGCGUUCCUGACGUAUACUGGCUUCGCGUCGUGACAUUAUACAAGGCACCUAAAACAGCGACUAUGCUUAUCGGCCUUUGUGUGAUGGGCAAGGGACGCCUCUACAUCGAUGGCAAAGCGGCCGUCGAUCUUUGGUCAAGCCAUCCCAAGAAGACGCUCCAGACGCCCAUGUUCAAUCAAGCAAGUAUGGAAUUGACAGCUGAUUUGGAAGCCAAUGAAGGACAGGUUUACGAGAUCUCUGUCCUCCUGAAGAAUGAAUCUAUGUCCACCAACCUUGGAGGGCCCUAUGUCGGAACGCCAUGUAUUGGUGGCGUUCGGAUCGGAUGCUGCGAGAAGAUUGACCCCGCUGUCGCUUUGAAUGAAGCUGUUGAACUGGCGAGGAAUGUAGAUGUGCCUAUUCUCAUCGCUGGUCUGAACGCUGAUUACGAAACCGAGGCGGUGGAUAGACACGAUCUAGAGCUGCCACCUGGGAUCAACAACCUUAUUCAGAGAGUCACCGAAGCAAACCCUAAAACCAUAAUUGUCAAUCAGUCCGGCUGUCCAGUGACCAUGCCCUGGGCGAGCCAGGUUUCGACUCUUCUCCAGGCGUGGUUUGGUGGCCAGGAAACUGGCACUGCUAUCACCGAUGUACUCUUCGGUCGCUAUAACCCAUCCGGGCGUCUGUCUAUUACGUUCCCGCGCCGACUGGAAGACACGCCGUCCUUCCUUAGCUUCGGCAAAGGAGUCCAGCACAUGUAUUACGGAGAAGGCGUAUUCAUCGGCCAUAGAUAUUAUGAGAAGCUUGGCAACGAUCCGCUCUUCUACUUCGGAUUCGGUCUUUCAUAUACGGCCUUCGAAUACUCGAACCUCCAGGUCCCAGAGGUUGUCGACUUGGGCGAUGAUGGGGAGCAGACUUUCACUGUGUCGGUUGAUGUUACCAACACUGGUGACAGAGAUGGCCACGAGAUUGUCCAAUUGUACGUCUCUGAUGUCGAAUGCGCCACUCUACGGCCAUGCAAAGAGUUGAAGGGGUUCGCUAAAGUGUGGGUGCCCGAGGGUGGGAAGGUAAAGGCUGAAAUCAACUUGAACAAGUACGCUGUGUCAUACUGGGACGAAGAAGAGGAGAAGUGGCUUGCCGAAAAAGGUUCUUUCAAGGUGGUCAUAUCGCGGAGCGCAGACCCGAAGGAUGAAGUCCUACAGAGCGAGUUCAAAUUGGAGAGAGAUUUGUACUGGAGAGGCGUAUAG